GCGCUUUCACAUCUCCUCUCAUCUGGCAAUUCAUCUCUCGUGCUAGAAGCUCUCUGGGGAUUGCGUAACCUCAGCGAUCAGGCCUUCCAACAACCGGAUAUGCAUGAUCUACUUUUGCGCUUGGUACUGCUGUUGCAAAGCAGCGAGGAGCAUGUGGCUACUUGCGCAGCUGGGUGUAUCUGUAACUUGACAUGCCAGAAUGCCGAUAACAAGAGUAGUCUGAUUGAAUUGGGUCAGUUUCAUUUGUUCACUUUUCUCUCCGUUUCCAAUCAAAGUGUGCGAUUAAGAGGGGUUCCUGUACUCUGUCAGACGUUGAUCGAGAACGCUGAUCAUGAAGAGGUUACUGAGCCAGUGUGUUCUGCUCUACGACAUGUAACUCAUCGGAAUCCGCAUUACGAGGCUGCAAUCUAUCAGGUCACUACGAAUAUAUUGUAA